AAGAGGGGAGAUUUAUUCGUGACAGUUGAGAGUCAUGCCAUUGUUGUUAAACUAGUUUUCAACAUCUCAUUGGCGGUCUGUUGUUGUUGGCAUUUUCCUGUGUGCUGUUUUGUUUGUUGUUGUUGGAAUGCAAGUCUGGAGGAAGUUUGGGGGAAAGAUAUAAUGCAUGUUUGGCAGCUUAAAACUGGAGGACCACUUGUUAGGGAAUGGGUAAGUCAUCUUCAGCUCCCUAAAAUAUCAUUUGGAACUUUCAAAUGCUAUAUUACUCCUUUUUUUUUCCCUGGCAGCAAUAAAAACUGCUUGCUUGGCAGUUGGGUCUUCCCUCUGGUUCCACAGACGAAUGAAUGUUUGGACUGGAUGAGAGAAACUCAUCCAAAACUCGUAAAUAGAGAGUAACUGUCUCAGCCACCUGCUGUCUAUUUUAGGCCAAGAGUUCCAACAAGAACCAAAGCAAUGCGUAUUCUCAGCAUUGUAAUUCUUUCAAGUGUCUCAGAGCGGGGCUGGCAUCCAAGCACUGGCAGCAUCUUCCUUGAGCUAGAGGAUUUCCAACUUCUGAACAUUGGAUGACGCUCAUUGGUUCACAGUGGGCAGAAGCAACCAUUUGUACACAUACCAGGUACUUGUAUCAGCAAAUAAACUGUACAGUUGAUUUGUUCGAGAGAGCUACAAGAUUGGAUAAUCCUUACCUCUCUAGGGACGUUCUUCUACCUAACUUUAUGCUUACAUCAUAGGAGUUUGGAAGAAAGAACUCUGCAGUUUCGACACAUUCCCUGAGUUCUGUAGGCUCUGUUUAUUGUCAUUUAGAGCCAAAUAGAUUUUAUAUCUGUUA